GCUUUUAUAAAAGAAUGCUGAUGCGCGUGCAGUAACCGUACAGCAUGCAGUCGAGUACGAAAGUAGACUCAACAAAAUCGCUGGAGAAAAAUCAAAUCGUCAUUCGUUAUCAUCUCUCUGGAAAGAGCAAACAGGAUUAGUGAGGAUUGGAGUUUGUACACACUGGCAUUUGUAUAGUGGACCUUGACUGAUUAACAAAAUGAGCACUUUCAAAAGUAGAUCACUGCUUCAGUGCACCCUAAGGCAUGGCCUUUUAUCAGGUAAUCGUAAACGUCCGACGACAAGUCAGAGCAUCACGGUUCCUUCACUUUUCUGUCGGCAUCAGCAGAGUGACAGCAAAAGCAGCAGCCAAAAUAAGACUCAGAAAGAGUCCUACUCAGUGUAUCUGACCCGCAACUUCAAGAUGUGGGGGCAGGAAGUCUUCGACCGAAUCCGUGGCUCGAAUCUGGACACUAUGUUUGACACCACCCGGACGCUCUGGCGGUUUGCUGGCCCAGACAGCUUUAGUGACUUCCAGGUGCUCACGGACAAGGGCAUCGGGGGACAGAGCUGGGCCAAGAUCGAGCCCAGUCGGAACAACAAACUGCUCUUCCACGGCAAUCUGUGCACAACCGUACCUCGAGAUGGUGAAACAGCAAGAAGUGGCUAUUGUUCACUGAAGUCUAAACAGCAGUUUGCCUCAUUUAAUCGCAAGAAGCACAUGGACUUGACUCCCUUCAACUCGCUCAACUUACGUCUUCGUGGUGACGGCCGUGCAUACAUGGUGAACAUUAUGACAGAGGGCUACUUUACUGAUUACCAUGACGAUAUUUGGAAUUACUUUCUGUUCACACGUGGAGGACCCUAUUGGCAGGAUGUCUCGAUCCCUUUCUCCAAGUUUUUCUUGUCCAGCCGGGGGCGCAUCCAGGACAAGCAGGCAGUUGUAGACCUGGAGCUGGUCAACGCCAUCGGGCUGACGAUGGCCGACGCCAUCGACGGGGAGUUUGCGCUGGAAAUAGACUCCAUCUCGGCUUCGUAUGAUGCCACACACACAGAGGAGUUUGCCUACGAGCUGUACCACUAGCAGUCAACACCAGCCAAUUAGGUUGCCUUCAGCAACAUUUUAUCAGACGGUGUACCUUCCUCCCUUCACUGAAAAUGCUACGAUUGCUUUGUUUGUACGUGUACUGGUACGUACAUGCCAUCCUACAGUGUAUGAAUCUUGAUUUGAAAACUCUCUCCCUGAUGUGCUUGAGGAAAUUCGGGAGGUAACUUUGGAGACAUUUCUGGUUACGUGCUCCCACUCGUAUCAGUCGGUGUUCACGUGUGGUCCUUUUUUUUUCAUCAGUGGACUUCACGUGUCCUCACUUCGAGAAUAGAGGCUGAAUGGUCCCUGGGAACGGUCAGGAAUAGAUACGAGUCCUUUGCGCUGAAUCUGUGCAUAUGGUUUAAAUGACAGCGGAAUCUAAAUUUCACCGGUAUAACAGCUUUUGAUAUGAGGAAGUUGCAAAAAGUAAAUACAUGUAAGUUCUGGAGGGCACCUAGUCUUACCUGAUAUGAAAACCUCAACAUGUAAAUAGUUCUUGCAGAUUAAAUAAAUCAUUAUUUGUCACUUUUCAGUAA